AUGUGGACGUCUUUUCCAUUCCUUUACGUUGCUUCGUCUCUUCUAGCAGCAGAAACUUUGGCGUUCAUGCAGUUUGUAGAGCGCCCUGUCUCUCGUCGGUGGUGUUCGACUAAGCUGCAAGCCCAGGUGGACACCUCGUUUAUGUGGAACAGUGGAUUCAAUUUCGGUAAGGGACAAUUUCGCUUCUACGACGGCUUUGACAAAUGGAUGGAACCGUUUCCUGAGGAAGACCGAAAAGCGUAUCCAGAGGUCUUCAACAUGCCCAAGGGCGUUUACGAAGUAAAAUUACAAAAGCCACUAGGGAUCGUUUUUGAAGAGAUUGACGCCGGCAAAGGUAUUUACGUACAGGAACUGGUAGAGGGCGGUAACGCUGCGAAGGAAGGUUCUAUCCAACCGGGUGACGUGUUGGUGGGUAUUACCGCGAUCAAAAUUGUCGGUGCCAAAUACGAACGCCGACUCAUUCCGGCACGCAGGUUUGAUUUCGACACCAUGGUCGGCGCGAUUGGAUCCAACGACUCGAGAUACGGCUGUGACAACGUUGUCAUCUGCGUGGAGCGGCCUGGUGAAGCCGACUCCGGGGUCGUACAAACGUUUAUGGACGAAUUUUUUGAGCCGCCGUUCGACAAUCCCUGGAAGCAGCGGCAGUAAAGAUGCUAGAUCGUAAGACCAUACGACACCUAAAAGUAACAUAAACGCGAGCUGAAGAAUACAAAAUAAGCGGCGGUGGUUCCAAAUUUGCUUUGGUAACAAAGCUAAGCUUAAUCGUUCGAUUCAUGAUUUG